AUGUGUCAGUUCAGUGGAGGACUUCCACCCCCAGCUGAGACAGCUAGAGACUUCAGACCACCAGCUGAGACAGCUAGAGACUUCAGACCACCAGCUGAGACAGCUAGAGACUUCAGACCACCAGCUGAGAUAGCUAGAGACUUCAGACCACCAGCUGAGACAGCUAGAGACUUCAGACCACCAGCUGAGACAGCUAGAGACUUCAGACCACCAGCUGAGACAGCUAGAGACUUCAGACCACCAGCUGAGACAGCUAGAGACUUCAGACCACCAGCUGAGACAGCUAGAGACUUCAGACCACCAGCUGAGACAGCUAGAGACUUCAGACCACCAGCUGAGACAGCUAGAGACUUCAGACCACCAGCUGAGACAGCUAGAGACUUCAGACCACCAGCUGAGACAGCUAGAGACUUCAGACCACCAGCUGAGACAGCUAGAGACUUCAGACCACUAGCUGAGACAGCUAGAGACUUCAGACCACCAGCUGAGACAGCUAGAGACUUCAGACCACCAGCUGAGACAGCUAGAGACUUCAGACCACCAGCUGAGAUAGCUAGAGACUUCAGACCACCAGCUGAGACAGCUAGAGACUUCAGACCACCAGCUGAGACAGCUAGAGACUUCAGACCACCAGCUGAGACAGCUAGAGACUUCAGACCACCAGCUGAGACAGCUAGAGACUUCAGACCACCAGCUGAGACAGCUAGAGACUUCAGACCACCAGCUGAGACAGCUAGAGACUUCAGACCACCAGCUGAGACAGCUAGAGACUUCAGACCACCAGCUGAGACAGCUAGAGACUUCAGACCACCAGCUGAGACAGCUAGAGACUUCAGACCACCAGCUGAGACAGCUAGAGACUUCAGACCACCAGCUGAGACAGCUAGAGACUUCAGACCACCAGCUGAGACAGCUAGAGACUUCAGACCACCAGCUGAGACAGCUAGAGACUUCAGACCACCAGCUGAGACAGCUAGAGACUUCAGACCACCAGCUGAGACAGCUAGAGACUUCAGACCACCAGCUGAGACAGCUAGAGACUUCAGACCACCAGCUGAGACAGCUAGAGACUUCAGACCACCAGCUGAGAUAGCUAGAGACUUCAGACCACCAGCUGAGACAGCUAGAGACUUCAGACCACCAGCUGAGACAGCUAGAGACUUCAGACCACCAGCUGAGAUAGCUAGAGACUUCAGACCACCAGCUGAGAUAGCUAGAGACUUCAGACCACCAGCUGAGACAGCUAGAGACUUCAGACCACCAGCUGAGACAGCUAGAGACUUCAGACCACCAGCUGAGACAGCUAGAGACUUCAGACCACCAGCUGAGAUAGCUAGAGACUUCAGACCACCAGCUGAGACAGCUAGAGACUUCAGACCACCAGCUGAGAUAGCUAGAGACUUCAGACCACCAGCUGAGAUAGCUAGAGACUUCAGACCACCAGCUGAGAUAGCUAGAGAUUUCAACCACCAGCUGAGAUAG